GUUGUGUUUUCGGUUGCCGGUCGCUGUGGCCCAGACGUCUGAGGUCGGGCUGAUACGUGGGGAGCAAUGGCGACCUUUGUGAGCGAGCUGGAGGCGGCGAAGAAGAACUUGAGCGAGGCCCUGGGGGACAACGUGAAACAAUACUGGGCUAACUUAAAGUUGUGGUUCAAGCAGAAGAUCAGCAAAGAAGAGUUUGACCUUGAAGCUCAUAGACUUCUCACACAGGAUAAUGUCCAUUCUCACAACGAUUUCCUCCUGGCUAUUCUCACGCGUUGUCAGAUUUUGGUGUCUACACCAGAGGGUGCUGGGUCUUUACCCUGGACAGGGGGUUCUGCAGCCAAACCUGGAAAACCAAAGGGAAAGAAAAAGCUUUCUUCUGUUCGUCAGAAAUUUGAUCAUAGAUUCCAGCCUCAAAAUCCCCUCUCAGGAGCCCAGCAGUUUGUGGCAAAGGAUCCCCAGGAUGACGAUGACUUGAAACUUUGUUCCCACACAAUGAUGCUUCCUACUCGGGGUCAGCUUGAAGGGAGAAUGAUAGUGACUGCUUACGAACACGGGCUGGACAAUGUCACCGAGGAGGCUGUCUCAGCUGUGGUCUACGCGGUGGAGAAUCACCUUAAAGAUAUACUGACAUCAGUUGUGUCAAGAAGGAAAGCUUACCGAUUACGUGAUGGUCAUUUUAAAUAUGCCUUUGGUAGUAAUGUGACUCCACAGCCAUACCUGAAGAAUAGUGUAGUAGCUUAUAACAGCUUAAUAGAAAGCCCUCCAGCCUUCUCUGCUCCUUGCGCCGGUCAGAACCCAGCGUCCCACCCGCCCCCUGAUGAUGCUGAGCAGCAGGCCGCGCUCCUGCUGGCGUGUUCUGGGGACACACUGCCUGCGUCUCUGCCUCCAGUGAACAUGUACGACCUUUUUGAAGCUUUGCAGGUACACAGGGAAGUCAUUCCUACCCAUACCGUUUAUGCUCUCAACAUUGAAAGGAUCAUUAUGAAACUCUGGCAUCCAGAUCAUGAAGAGCUGCAGCAAGACAAAGUCCAUCGCCAGCGCUUGGCAGCCAAGGAGGGGCUUUUGUUCUGCUGAAUUAGGAUUUGAUGGUGUGGGACCCUCAGCAACCUCAUUGAUUAUUGAAUUGAACGUUUUGGGGAUUCACAUUUCAAGACUUAAGUGUAUAGUGUACAUAUAAUCUUUCCUAUGGAAAUGAGACAGUACAUUUUGUGUUGCUACUGUGACGCCAUUAAUAUAAAUCUGAUUUUGAUAAUGACCCAUA